AUGGUUGUAUCACUUUAUAUCUGCGAUAUUCCGCAAGACAUAGAAAAGGAAGACCUUGAGAAACUCUUCAAGGACUUCGGUGGGUUCAAGGACCUCAGAAUUGCAAGAGACAAGACUAAACAAAAGAUCGCUUUCGUCGAUUAUAAGACCGAAGAAGAUGCUAAAUGCGCUAGAGAUUACCUGAACGGAUAUGUCUUUCCCAAUAGCGAGAAAGGGAUGAACCUCAGAAUUUCAGAGAAUUCCAAGAGGAAAGGAGCUGGUGGUGGCCAGUACCAAAGAGGUGAAAAUGUUAGGAAAGAAAAAGAUGACUUCCAAGAGAGAAGGGACAAGAAUUAUGACUUCCAAGGAAGAAAUACUAGGGAGAGAAGAGACAGCAGAGAGCCUAGACAUCAAAGAGAUUAUAGAGACCAGAGAGACCAGAGAGAUCAGAGAGACCAGAGAGAUCAGAGAGACCAGAGAGAUGUGAGAGACCAAAGAGAUGUGAGAAACUUUAGAGAUCAGAGAGAUUACAGAGGCCAAAGAGAUAUGAGAGACUUUCAUGAUGAUCUUGGAGAUCCUAGAAUGAAGCAAGAAAGUUAUGGUGGAUACUCCCACAAUAGAGGAAGAAUGUCUGGGUAUGAUGAUGAACCUUUAAGAAUGAUGAGUCAGUCCCGCUCUGGGCCUGGAAAUACCUCAAUUCCACAACAGUCAUUCCUUCAUAACCCCUUAGCAAAUAGUAGAGGUCCUAAUAAAAUGAAGGGCAUGCCUAUGAGUCACGUUCAAGAACCACAGUCUUAUGAUAACUUAAAUUCGAGUUUAGAUAUUCCUCAGUCUUAUAACCAAGAUACUUAUCUGAUUAAUGAUGUCGUGCCUACUUCGUCAGUCUCUGACAUGAUGCCUAUUCCUAGCAACUCUGAUGGUGCGAAUAUGUCUCAUCUGGAUCAGUAUGUAUUACCUCAAAGUACUCAGAAUCAACUUGAUUCUUCUCCAAUGAAUCCAAACCCAAACUAUAUAUCUUCUGUUGGGGGAGGAGUCCAAUCUGUCCCCAUAAGUAAUGUUAUUGUCCCUUCAGGAUCUAGCUCUGGAGGAAGAGUCCCUGUUCAAUAUUCUUCGAUGGGUCAGCCUUCUGUCUCUCCUGGUUGGAAUGGAGUCAGCCCAGGAGUGUUUAAUAGCCAGUCAAAUCCUAGUUAUUAUGAUGCUCUUGUUGAUAUGUGUGAGCAAUUUCAUAACAUUUUACCAAUUCCCAAGAACGCCACUAACACUGUCUACGUUGAAGGAAUUCCUGUUGGGACUAAGGAGAGAGAAGUGUCUCAUAUUUUCCGUCCCUUCCCCGGUUUCAGGUCUAUUAGACUUAUAAAUCGUGAUAAAAAGAACGGGGAUAGAGUCAUUUUCUGUUUUGCUGAUUUUGAGAACAAACUUCAAACAACCAUGGUCAUCAACACUCUUCAGGGGUAUCGUUUCGAUAGAAAUGACGAAACUGGCUUACACUUCUCCUACGCAAAAGUCAACAAUAAGUCUCAUAAGGAUGCCCAUCAUCGGUCCAAGAACUAGAUUUUUAAGUCUAAUUAUCUAGAGUCUUUCAAUUGC